AUAUACCCACACCAUCCCCUCAUGUUAAAUCAUCCAGAAACUUACAUGUAUAUGAAGAGAGUUGAGGGAAGAACCAUGGUCAUCCAUAAGCUUCUCUUGAAAGCUGCGGUGCUUGGGGCUUUAUUGGGUCUAUACCACAAUCACCUAGCACAAGCUAAUGAUUCAAUGACUAAGCCCGGAUGCCAAAGUUCCUGUGGAAACCUCUCGAUUCCAUACCCCUUCGGAUUGAGCGAUCCGAACGACAGUGAUCCCCACUGCCGCUUCAAUUUUCCCUCAUUUAGAGUCGAGUGUAAUUCCUCUACCAAUCCCCCUGUUGCUUACAUGAGGAACAGAAGUAGUAACAUCGAAAUACUCAACAUUUCUAUCGAGGACCACGAGCUGCGCAUAAACGCUUUGGUCAGUCGAGAUUGCUAUAACUCUUCUGGGUACGACGGUUCUUCAAGCAGCAACCCGUGGUUAAGCCUAGCUAAAUUCCCCUUGUCCAGCACCAAGAACAAGUUCACUGCCAUUGGCUGCGACACCUUAGCCUCCUUUCAAGAUCGGGAUCGCCAUGGAAACUUCUCUUUCGGGUGUAUGUCUUCGUGUAGCAGCAAUUGGGACGUCAGCGAUUGGGACGUCAGCAAUGGGUCGUGUACCGGUAUCGGUUGCUGUGAGACGAGCAUCCCUAAGAAUUCCUUCGGCUACGAUAUCUCAAUUACGCACUUUUCCAAUCAUUCUGAUGUCUUGGCUUUCAACCCUUGCAGCUAUGCUUUUGUCACAGAAAUUGGAUCCUACAACUUUUCGGUUGGCGACCUUAAGCAGCUUAAAUUUAAACGUACCCCUCUAGUUCUCGAUUGGGCAAUAGGGAAUCAAACAUGCAAGGAUGCCAAGAAGAACAGCACGAGCUACAUGUGCGCCUACAACACUGCUUGCAAUGAUGCCGAAAACGGAUCUGGGUACAAGUGUACUUGUUUAGAAGGUUACCGAGGCAAUCCUUACCUUGGUUGUCAAGAUAUUGAUGAAUGUGCGGAUCCAAAGAAUAACCCAUGUCAGGGAAAAUGCCAUAACAUUGGUGGGAGUUAUAAAUGUUCAUGCCCAAAGGGUUAUCAUGGUAAUGGCAAGAAGGGCAGUGGAUAUGGACAAGGGUGCACUGCUAAUCUAUCACAUUCGAUGGAGAUUUUGGUUGGUGUUGCUGGGGCCAUAAUAGCGUCGCUAUUCAGUAUAGGCUUUCUAUAUUUGGGACACAAGAAAAUGAAGUUCAUUAGGCUCAAAGAACAACACUUCAAGCAAAAUGGGGGUUUGCUUUUGCAGCAACAGUUAGAUGAACCAGACAAAACCACAAAAGUCACAAAAAUCUUUAGCGCUGAAGAGUUAGAGAAGGCCACCAACAAUUAUCAUGAGAGCAGAAUAGUCGGCCAAGGAGGAUAUGGUACCGUUUACAAAGGAUUGUUGCCAAAUGAUAUGGUAGUUGCAAUUAAGAAGUCCAAGCUUGUGGACCGGAGCCAAAUUGAACAGUUCAUCAAUGAAGUCAUUGUGCUUUCUCAAAUUAAUCAUCGUAACGUGGUCAAGCUUUUGGGGUGUUGCUUGGAAACAGAGGUGCCUUUAUUGGUGUAUGAAUUCGUCAACAAUGGAACUCUCUUCAAUCACAUCCACGACCCAAACAAAUCAUUAAAUCUAUCUUGGAAGACUCGGUUGAGAAUUGCUUCAGAAACUGCCGGAGUCCUCUCUUACUUGCACUCCGCAGCUUCCAUUCCCAUUAUCCAUCGAGAUGUCAAGUCGGCAAACAUCCUUUUGGAUAAUAAUUACACUGCGAAAGUUUCCGACUUUGGAACUUCAAGAUUAAUCCCACUUGAUCAAACACAAUUAUUUACUAUGGUUCAAGGAACAUGGGGAUACUUAGACCCUGAAUACUUGCACACAAGCCAAUUGACAGAAAAGAGUGAUGUUUACAGCUUUGGGGUCGUGCUAGUCGAGCUAUUGACGGGGAAAAAGGCACUUUCAUUCAACCGAUCGGAAGAAGAGAGGAGCUUGGCAAUGUACUUUCUUUCAUCACUAGAAAACGACAAAUUAUUUCAAAUUGUUGAGGAAGUUAUUGCAAAUGAAGGAAUCAAUGAGCAGGUGAGAGAAGUUGCCAAUCUUGCAAAAAGAUGCUUGGCAAUAAAAGCAGAGGAGAGACCGACCAUGAAGGAAGUAGCAAUUGAACUGGAGAGACUUAGAGCAAUGACUAACCAUUCUGGGGUUAGUAGUACAGGUGUGAAUCAGGAAGAGAAAGUUCAUAUGUUGGAAAAGGAGACCGAUGUGUACAUGGAUAUUAGUGGGCUGUGAACACUGGGUACAUGGAUAGCCUGGAAGACCAUGUCAUGCCAAUAGUCAAUACUGGGAGAUGAGAAUAUUUAAGUUACCGAUACUUAUCUAGGUGUAUUGUGAUAGAUGUAUGCGUGUAUCUUAUCUUUAGAAAGGUUUUAUAUAUAACUCAAUGACAUGAUGUAAAAAUGGUCUCUUCUGUCUAUCGUAUGUUGGUGAUGCCUUUGGAUUCGGAAGCUAUCUUGUCUUUAAGUUUGCUCAAGGAUAUAGUUUGUCCCACUUGGAUGAAA